UGUUCCUGCCAGGCGGUGAAGCUACCUCAGGUCCACUACAUAGAGGAGGACUCGUCCAUCUUUGCUCAGAGUGCCCCCUGGAACCUCCAGAGGUUACUGCAGCCUCACGGUGGGACCUCUGAAAACGGAACAUACAGGCCACCCAACGAUGGAGGGAUGGCGGAGGUGUAUCUGAUGGAUGGCAGUGUUCAGACUACUCACAGAGAGGUUGAAGGACGAGUGCUCAUCACAGACUUCAACAGCGUCCCUGAAGAAGAUGGAGUCAGAGUUCACAGACAGGCCAGCCAGUGUGACAGUCACGGCACACACAUGGCGGGGGUUGUGAGUGGGUCGGACUCUGGUGUUGCUCGAGGCGCAGGUGUUAACCUGGUCCGUGUGCUCAACUGUCAGGGGAAAGGGACCGUGUCAGGAGCUCUGGCGGGUAUGGAGUACGUCCGAGCAACUUUACUCGUCCGUCCAGUGGAUGCUGUGGUUGUUUUGCUGCCUUUCGUCGGUGGUUUCAGCCGUUCCCUGAACGCAGCGUGCCGGGACUUGGUGGCGAAGGGAGCUGUUGUCAUCGCUGCGGCGGGAAACAACAGAGACGACGCCUGCCUCUACUCACCUGCUUCAGAGCCUGAGGUCAUCACAGUAGGGGCAGUUAACUCAGCAGACCAGCUCAUGUCACAGGGAGCGGGUGGCAGCAACUUCGGCCGCUGCGUUGAUCUGUUUGCCCCCGGUGACGACAUCGUUAGUGCCAGCAGCGACUGCAGCACCUGUUUUACCUCCCGGAGUGGAACCUCCCAGGCUGCUGCACAUGCUGCUGGUGUAGCAGCAGUAAUCCUGUCGUCCAAUCAGAACGUGUCACCGGUGCAGGUCCUGCAAAUGCUGUUGCAUUACUCCACCAGCAACACAAUCGACUUCCUCUCUCUGCCUGACACACAUCGUCUCAGUACUCCAAACCUGGUAGCAGCCAUGCCGCCUGCCAACAGCACAAAUGGCGAGCUUCUGUGUCGGUCAGUGUGGUCAGAGAGGUCAGGGGUCGAGGCUAUGAGUCGCUGUCGCCUGGGGGAGGAGAUGAUGAGCUGCAGGAGCUCCACCCCUGACGGUGUUCACGCGGGAGAAACCAUCACUGUGAACGGCGGGCACAUGGAGUGUGUUGCCUAUAACGCUCGGGGGGGUAAAGGUGUGCAUGCUGUGGCGCGUUGCUGUGUGACUGGUGGUCUGCAGUGCCAGGUCCAUGCUAGUCCUGAACCAGGACGAGAUGCAGAGUGUGUCAACCCGCAGCACCACCUGACCGGCUGUACGUCUCGGUCCACUGCCGAGAUCGCGUCUGACUCUCGCCCACGUCACGGGGAUCGGCAGCAUUGUGUCGUUAAAGACGGGGUGUCAUCUCAUGCCGUGUGCUGCCGUGCUCCAUCUCUGGAGUGCCACCUGUUGGAAAAGACAUCAGCUGACACAGAUCAGCUCGAGGUGUCCUGUCCCUCUGGCUGGACUCUGACAGACUGUAGCGCCGUCUCUCAGGGCUCUGUCAUCUUGUGGUCAGUUGCUAAGGGCAACAGUUGCCAUGUCCGCGGCGCCACAGGAGCCGAUGGGGCAGCUGGAAUCGCGGUCUGCUGUCGCGUCCGACCCCCGUCAGACCAGCCCGCUACUCCUCAGCGAUAGGGUCUCACACCACGUUGAUGUCCAACACCUUA